AUGGCUGCGACGCGACUGCCCGCCCCCGAAAUGCACAGCGCGAUCAACCUCCUCAUCGACAAUCUCGUCAACAUCAAGGAUGAAAAUGGCAAAUUCCUCCUCUCCCUCCCCGACGGUCGCGUUAUUGAUACAAAGUCCUGGGCUGGCUGGGAAUGGACUCACGGCAUCGGCCUAUAUGGUGUGUGGAAGUACUACGAGAUGACCGGCGACGAGAAGCUGGUGAAGAUCAUCGAGGACUGGUUUGCCGCGCGGUUUGCGGAGGGGGGCACCACCAAGAACAUCAAUACGAUGGCCGUCUUCCUGACCCUCGCUUACGUCUAUGAAAAGACCGGCAACGUCAGCUACCGCCCCUGGCUGGAUGCCUGGGCUGAAUGGGCGAUGUACGAAUUGCCACGCACACGCUACGGCGGCAUGCAGCACAUCACUUAUAUCGAUGAGAAUUAUCAGCAGCUCUGGGAUGAUACACUCAUGAUGACUGUUAUGCCGCUGGCUAAGAUCGGGAAGCUCCUGAACCGACCUGAGUAUAUUGCCGAGGCGAAGAGACAGUUCCUUACCCACAUCAAGUAUCUGUUCGAUACUAAGACCGGCUUGUUCUUCCACGGCUGGACUUUUGAGGACGGUGGUCACAACUUUGCCGAUGCGCGCUGGGCUCGCGGUAACAGUUGGGUUACUAUUGUCAUUCCGGAGGUCAUCGAGGUGCUCGGCCUGGCGCCUACCGAUCCUAUCCGGUUACAUCUCAUUGAGACACUGGAGGCGCAGUGCGAGGCUCUCCAGCGGGUUCAGUCGGAGUCUGGUGGCUGGCACACACUGCUUGAUCACCCUGAUUCGUACCUCGAGGCAUCUGCAACUGCUGGAUUCGCCUAUGGUAUUCUGAAGGCUGUUCGGAAGAGAUACAUUGGCGCACAAUACAGGCCUGUCGCUGAAAAAGCCAUCGCCUCUGUGUUGAAGGAUGUAGAUGGCAAGGGUGAGCUUCGGAACACCAGCUUCGGAACGGGAAUGGGUGAUUGUUCGCAGUUCUACAAGGACAUUGCCUUGACUUCCAUGCCCUAUGGGCAGGCGAUGGCCAUCAUGGCGCUCGGGGAAUACUUGCGGACCUAUAUUUAG